AUGGCCACUGCACAAACCAACUUCUGCGAGGAUUUGUUUUCACGUUACUCUCGUUACAGAAAACUACAACGAGUAGUAGCAUUCUGCGGUCGCUAUCUGCAGCGAUUGCAGGAUCGCGCACAGCUGCGUCGUUCCGGGUCGGAUUCUCUUACGUUGAACAUGAACGUCCGAGAUAAAUCAUCUUCCGUUCUACCACUGAACACUGCCAAGCUACAAUACGCCGAACAACUACUCUGCCGUUUAGCACAGCGCGAUAGUUUCACUGAGGAGCUGUCAGAUCUCUCAAACGGUGACCGUGUCGCCAAGUCAUCAGCACUGAAAUGGUUAACACCGUUCGUAGAUGAAGACGGUACUCUCCGCGUUGGUGGUCGUCUACCUGCUCUGCUGGCUAGCAGUUACCACGUAACACUACUGCACGCAGGUCAACAACUCCUGUUAGCCACUCUUCGCCAGAUGUUCUGGAUCCUCGGCGGUAGUAAUCUUGUCAAGUCCGUUUACCACCAAUGCCACAAUUGUUUCCGAUCCAAGCCCACUCUAGUCCAGCAGAGCACAGCCGAUCUGCCGGUAUCGCGAGUUUCACCGACGCGUCCGUUUUCCGUGUGCGGUGUCGAUUAUUGUGGACCAUUCUACGUAAAGUCUGCAAUUCAAAAGCAUGGCCCCACCAAAGUGUACGUGGCAAUUUUCGUCUGCUUCUCAACCAGGGCUGUCCAUAUGGAACUGGUUAGCGACUUAACAACCACUGCUUUUCUAGGUUCACUCCGUCGCCUAGUCGCCCGUCGAGGAAAGGUCGUCGAACUCCAUUCCGACAAUGCAACUACCUUCAAAGGUGCUUCGCAUGCCCUUAACAGGAUCUACCGCAUGCUGAAGGUCGGAACUUCCGAUCGUGAACAAAUUUUCGACUGGUGUUCAUCCAACGAAAUCUCGUGGAAGUUCAUUCCGCCCCGGGCACCACACUUCGGAGGUCUCUGGAAGGCUGCAGUCAAAUCGGCGAAGACACACCUUCUGAAGGCGAUCGGUAAUGUCAAUAUAGCUUAUGAAGAUCUUCUGACCUUAUUGGCGCAAGUCGAGAUAUGUUUUAACUCUCGACCCCUCACACCAAUUCCGGAGGACCCCACCGACCUUGACGUCUUGACUCCAGGAAACUUCCUACUUGGAAGUAAUCUUCAAGCGGUUCCUGAUUUGAAUUGGAAGGAGACAUCGGAUAAUCGCUUGAAUCACUGGGAAUUGACCCAGAAGCGUGUGCAGCAAAUCUGGUCCCGUUGGUAUCCGGAAUACUUACAACAGUUACAAUCCCGUGCAUCCAAGGGUUGA